UAAAUCUCUCUCUCCCCUCUCUCUGUCUCUCUAUCUCUCUAGACCAGAAAGUACAUCUCAAUAUUUCCGCCAUGGCGAUUGUCAAAGCUCUUCACACUACGUUCGGAGUUUUUGGGAACAUUACUGGCUUAUUUCUCUUCUUGGCCCCAGUGAUUACUUUCAAGAGGGUGAUUAAGAAGAGAUCAACUGAGGACUUUUCUGGAAUACCAUAUGUUAUGACACUACUCAAUUGCUUGCUCUCCACCUGGUAUGGUCUGCCACUGGUAUCACCAAACAACAAACUGGUAUCAAUCAUCAAUGGGACAGGAGCAGGGCUUGAGGGAAUCUAUGUGCUUAUUUUCCUCAUCUUUGCGCCCAAGAGAGAAAAGGCCAAAAUCUCUGCCCUAUUGGCUGUGGUGCUCUCUAUUUUCUCUGCAGUCGCUUUGGUAUCUCUGCUUGCUCUUCACGCCCAUGCCAGGAAACUUCUCUGUGGUUUUGCUGCUACAAUUUUUUCCAUCAUUAUGUAUGGCUCUCCUCUCUCUAUCAUGAUGAUGGUGAUUAGAACGAAAAGCGUGGAGUUUAUGCCAUUCUUCUUGUCGUUGUUCGUUUUCCUGUGUGGUACUUCAUGGUUCGUCUAUGGACUCCUUGGCAAGGACCCUUUCAUUGCAGUGCCAAACGGUGUCGGAUCGCUGUUGGGAAUGGUGCAGCUGAUAUUGUAUGCUAUAUAUCGUGGUAACAAAGGGGAAGGCAAGAAAGCUAACAACAGUGAUGGUUGUGUGGAGAUGGGGAAUGGAAACAAAGUGAACGGUCAAGAUGGAACUGCUUAAUUACUUUUCAGAUUAUUUACUCAAUCACAAUGUGCUCUGCUAUUUUAUGUUUCUUUUUCUUUCAAUUAAUUGUACUAAAGCCACGAGGAGACCCAAUUCAAGAGAGAGAGAGAAAAAAAAAUGGAGAAAAUGUUCAGUGGGCCA